AUGUUUGAUAUAUCAUUAUUAAAGAAAUGUCCUGAUGAUAUUAUUUAUCAAAUAUUAGAUCAGAAUUUCUUAGGAGUAUCUGAUAUUUAUAAUUUCCUAUUUAAUAGAUCAACUCAUUAUGUUGCACAACAAGUAUUAAAUAAAAGAAGUUUAAUUCAUUUAACAAUUGGUUCAAGAAAGAAUUAUGAAAGUGUAAUCACUUCAAGUCAUGAUUAUGAAAUUACUAAAGGUCCUUAUUAUUGGCAUAUUUAUUAUAAUUAUACCAAUAAGGAUUCAUUCUUAUCUUGGUAUGAUAGACAUAAAUUAAUUAAUAAUUAUGUAAUACAAAUCUUUUUAGAUCAAUUUCAAUUUGAUUCAUUAGAAUUCUUUCAAAUAUUGAAAUAUAAGAAUAUUAAAAUUUAUUUAAAUUAUGAAAAUGAUGAUAAUCAUACGGUUAGGAAGUUUACUCAUAUCAUUUGGCCCAUGAUUGAAGAUAUAUUUGAUUUCCAAUUAAAUUCAAUUAAUUUAAUCUUGGAAUAUGAAAGUUCAAUUGAUCAAGAUUUAUCAAUUGAUAUUGCCAAUAUUAAAGAAUUUGAAUUUAGACAUUAUACUCCAACUUAUAGACAAGUUGAAUUUAAAUUGAAUCAACAAUUGAAUAAAUUAAUCAUUAAUAAUAUUAGUAUGUUACCAUUAACUAUAAAAUUACUGCUGUUGCCCCUGCUGCUGUUGCUACCAAUUAAUUUAUGUUCUUUCUUUAUAAAAGGACCGGUUGCAAAUUUGAAUUAUUUAGGUAAAAUUUUGCAACAAUGUCAUAAUUUACAAUAUUUAACAAUUUCAAAAGGAUAUAUGAAAAACUUCAAAGAUUUUAUUAAAAUUGUAUCUCCAUUAGGUUUAUCAAGAUUAAAAACUUUAGAUUUAAGUUAUAAUGAUUUUGGAUCAAUUGAAUCAAUUGAUUUAUCAAUUUAUUUCCCAAAUUUAAUUAAUUUUAUCUUAAAAUUUGAAGGAUUAAAAUCAAGAAAGUUUCAUUUUACAAAUAUUAUAUUUCCAAAUAGUUUGAAAUGUUUAAUGCUUCAAGAUAAAGGAAUUGCAACAUUUAAAGAUAUUCAAGGUUUACAAUAUUUGAAAAUUCUUGAUUUAUCAUAUAAUUAUCCACUUCAUUUCCAAAUACCUCAUACGGUUGAACAUAUUCAAUUAUUAAACUUAUCUUAUAAUCGUACUAUCCUAUCUUCAAUAUAUCGAUUCAAUCGAUUAGACAUUUCAAGAUUUAUCUUUUUUAAAGUUAGUGAAUUACAUUUACAAGGUUGUAAUAUAUGUAAUGAAGAUUUAGAAGAAUUAGAAUUAGAAUAUGAAGAUAAACCAAUUCCAAAAUCUCAAGUGAAAUUCUUAGAUUUAUCAAAUAAUAAAUUAUCUAAUUUAAGAAUGUUUUCUGGGAAAUUAUUUAUGAAUAUGCCUUUAGAAUUUGUGGAUCUUUCAUUUAAUGGAUUUGAUUAUUUAAAUGAUCAUAAUUUCCCAUUAAUAAAAAACAAUUAUCCAGUAUUGAAAAAAAUAAAUUUAACUGGUAAUUCAAGAUUACGGAAAAUUACUGGUAUUGAUCAAUAUCCUCAAUUAGAAACUGCAUUUACACAAUUUGAUAGAAAGGGUUGUAUAUAG